AUGAAAGGAUUUGGCUCGAUGCGACAUUGCACGUCUUACGCGACUGUCUUCACCCUGCUGCUUGCGGCGUCAUCCACGUUUGCCGCCGCACCUUCGGCCGAACAGGCCCUCAAGCUCAAGCCGGUCCAGGACGACGUCCAGUUCACCACUCCCACCGACAGCCAGAUCGAGAAAUGCACGAUCAAGGCCGAGCCCAUCGAUGGCCAGACCGGCUGGGUCGUGCGCGACGAGGCAGGCCAACUGCUCCGCCGAUUCGUCGAUUCCAACAACGAUAACGUCGUCGACAUGUGGUGUUACUACCAGGACGGCAUCGAGGUCUACCGCGACGUCGACUCAAACCACAACGGCAAAGCCGAUCAAUCUCGCUGGAUCAACACCGGCGGCACUCGCUGGGGCAUCGACAAGAACGAAGACGGCCGCAUCGACUCCUGGAGCGUGAUUUCGCCUGAAGAAGUCACCGCCGAGGUGGUCGCCGCCAUGGCCCAACGCGAUUCGGCCCGCUUCGAGCGCUUGGUGCUCACCAAAGAAGAACUCGCCCAACUUGGCCUCGGCGAAGAGAUGGCCAAGGAACUCGGCGAGUCGAUCGCAACCGCCGCCAACGACUUCAAAGAAGCUGUGAAGGCCCAACAAAUGGUCACCGGCAAGACCGAAUGGGCCAGCUUCGGCGCGGUUCGUCCCGGCAUGGUGCCCCAAGGUGCCAGCGGUUCGAAGAAGGACCUCAUCGUCUACGAGAACGUCGUGGCGAUGGUCACCACCGAAGGCAAGCACGGCGAAGUGCUGGUCGGCACCCUAGUGAAAGUCGGCGAUGCCUGGCGCGUGCUCGAUGCCCCCAAGUCGCUCGACCCCAAUCGCCAAGAGAUGGUCGACUCGGGCCGUUUCUUCUCGGUGGCCGCUUUCAACCGCCGCCCCGAAGCAGGCACCACCACGCCCGAGGGCAUGGAUGGCGAAACGCAAAAGCUACUCACUCAGCUUGAAGAGGUAGACAAGAAGAAUCCCGGCGCCACCUACGACGCCGAACGCGUGAAGCUGCUCGAGAAGCUGGCCUCGAUCUCUGAAGGUGAGGACAAGGCUCAGUGGAUUCGCCAACUGGCCGACAUGUUGGCCGCCGCCGCCCAAACCGGCGAGUACCCCAAGGGCGUUGACGAGCUGAAAGAACUCUACGCCAAGCUGUCCAAAGAUAAGGCGAACGAAGACCUGGCCGGAUACGUGAAGUUCCGCUACCUGCAGUCGGACUACAAUCUCAGCUUCCAGGCGCCCAACCCCGACUACGCCAAGAUUCAAACCAAAUGGGUCGAGGACCUCGAGGCCUUCAUCAAGGAAUACCCCAACUGCUCGCUCACGCCCGAGGCCAUGUUGCAACUCGGCAUGGCUCAGGAAUUCGCUGGCCAGGAAGACGACGCCAAGAAGUGGUACGGCGAGCUGGCCCAGAAGUUCCCCAAGUCUGAAAUCGCCCCCAAGGCGGCUGGUGCCAAGCGACGCUUAGAGAGUGUCGGGAAAGCCAUCCCCUUGAAGGGCCAGGACAUCAUGACCAAGUCGCCCUUCGACUUGGCUCAGUUGCGAGGCAAAGUCGUGCUAGUGCACUACUGGGCCACCUGGUGUAAACCGUGCCAGAGCGACAUGUCGCAGAUUAAAGAACUGCUGGCCAAGUACGGCCGCGACGGGUUCGUGCCCGUGGGAAUCAGCGUCGAUAGCGAUCCCCAGAAGCUGAGCGAGUUCCUGAAGCAAGCCAAGUUGCCGCGGAACUGGCCGCAACUGUACGAGGCCGGCGGAAUCGACAACAGCCCCUUGGCCAAUCAGUUGGGUAUUCUCUCGCUGCCCACGAUGAUCCUGAUCGGCAAGGACGGCAAAGUCGCCAACCGCAACAUCCACGUCACCGAACUGGAUGGCGAAGUGAAGAGUGGUGUUGCGGCCAAACUGGCUCUGUUCGUGCUGCUCUUCCAUCCGCUCGAUUUCCAGCUUCGUACGAAAUUCCAUCGCUUGCCCUUUCUUUCGCGUGCGCAAUUGCCCAAAUAUCGACGGCCCGUGCGCAUUCGGAUGUCGUCGAGUGAAAUGAUCACGCCGGUGAUAAUCGAGGGCGAUGUGUCGAAACGUUGCCCAAAGAGAGACGCCAUUCCCGGUUCGAAAUCUCGAACCUUGCGCCGACGCGAGCCAGCGCAACCUUCAGAAACCGCUUAG